AUGAGCGUCGAGGGCGGGCAGACGUGGCGGUCCACGGCGGGUUCGGUGCUCAAGUACAACGUGCGCCUGCUGUUCCUGUGCGGGCUGUGGCCCCUGGGACAGGGCCGGCUCUACGCAGUCCUCACGACGAGCGUGCUGGUCGCAGCCACGCUCCACGCCGCAGGUGCCUUCGUCGGUCUCUGCUCGGAGCCAGGGGGUCUCCAGGAGGUGACACUGUCGCUCGCCAACCUGUUCGUCGUGUGCUCCGCCAUUGUCAAGUCGUGCUUCUUCUUGGCGGACCGUACCAGAUUCUGUGCGCUGGUCACCACCCUCGAUCGGCUGGUGCUGGAGAGCAGCCAGCGCGGCCCGGUGGACGCCGCCCUGGGUUCGCGGCUGGCGGCGUCGCGGCGGCGCGCCGUGCGCCUGACGCUGGCCUUCCACCUGUACGUGCUGUCCGCGCUGGUGGCCUGGAGCCUGAUGCCCGCGAUCCAUCGCCAGCGCCGACUGCCCUACCAGCAGCUGCGCUGGCUCGACACCUCCUCCGCGGCCGUCUACGGCGCCUCGUACGCGCUCCAGUGCACCGCCACCUUCUUCUGCUCCUUCAUCAACACCCACCUGGACGUCUUCUUCAUGGCCGUCAUGAUCCACGUGACGGACCAGUUCAGGAUCCUCGCAGCGCGAUUCGCCGACCUGCGGCUCGACGCGGAUUGUAACCCAGAGCGCCGCGUGCUGCAGGACGGGUCUUCGAGGCUGAGCGAAGAACUGUACCGGGAGCUGAGUCUCUGCAUCCAGAACCACCAGGACCUCGUGAGGCUGGUCCACCUGCUCGACGAUGUGAUGAGCCCCAUAGCUAUGACGCAGUUUGUGGUGGGCGCCGUCAACGCCUGUAUGGUGCUCUUCCCGGCUACAUACAGCACUGACGUGGGAGCCGUCCUCAAGUGCUGGGCUGCCCUGCCUAUGGUGGGCAUCCAGAUCUUCCUGUACUGCUCGGGAGCCCACGACAUCAUGGAGCAGGCGGAGACGGUGUCCAGCGCGGCUUACGACUGCUCCUGGUUGGGGGCGGACCGGAGGCGGCGACGCGCGCUGCUGCUGGUCAUGUGCCGAGCCCAGAGGCCGCUGCAGCUCACAGCAGGCAAGCUCUACCCUAUCAACAGGCCCACAUUCCUCUCGCUUUUGCAGGUGACCUACUCUUACUACACAUUGCUUCAGAACCUGAACAGUCGAUAAGAAGAAAACUUCAUAUUAGAGGAGCACUAUGGAUUAAAAGAAUGGACUAUCACCAGCCCCUUUCCUUAGAAGGAUUUCUGGAAAAUCAUUAUCACAUCCACACCAGCAAUCAACACUGUCAUUCUUGUUAUAGCCAGAAAGAAAUUAAUGAGGCAGAUUGCUUUUCUGCACAGAGUAGAACAACAUGUUA